AAAAUCAUUCGAAGCGUGGUUGUAAAUUUGUGAACUUGUACUCUUUCUUGCGGAUUUUUUCACGGUGAAUAAAACAGUACAAAAGUGCUAAAAUUUUUUUCCGUUAUCUAUAACGUGAAGUGGAAUAAUGGCUAUACAUUGUUUUAUAAAGAAAAAGUGUGUUAAAUAGGUAGGAAGUGAGAAAACUGAUAAAUUCUCGAACGCCUUCGAGAUAUCUGAUUGUGUGUGGCAAUCGCCGUGGAGAAGAUCGUGAAAAGGAAAAAGUUGGAAAAGGGCGCUCCGCUGGCAAUUUGCACUAGUGAAAAACAACAACUUCACCUCGUAUCUGAAAAAUUCAACACUCCCGCUCAUUUCACGUUCCACUCGGUGUUCCAAUAGCGCCGAACAUAUAUACACAUACACGCAACACUGCUCGCGUACAUACACAUAGGCGGUGUAUAUACACGGGCGCGCAUUCAGUCGCAACGAGUUUAGAUAUUUUUUCUAAAUUAACGCUGUCAGCGCUGAAUUAAGUAAAGUUGGAAUAAAACAAUUUUUUUGUGCAAUUAACAAGGAAAGGCAGGAGAAGUCGAGGAUUAUUAACUCGAAACCCUUUACGAUAUAUCAGUGGCUCGAAUUAGCAAAGAAAAAGUUAUUUGUGAAAACAGAUAAAUAACAUAUUGGGGACGAGUACGUACGCGGGCGUCUGCGGUGUAAAAUAACUCACUGCCAACGAGUCUACAGGCAAAAAUUUCUAUUCCGUUUGUCAUGCAUCUAAAGAGCGGACCUAUCUGAAGCAAAGCCAACAACUUUUUUUUAAAGUGCAUCGUUUCAUAACGAACGACGCAAAACUCCAGGUGGAUUGCGCAUACAAUUCCCGUUCUGUGAGAAGAAGACUGCUUUGAAUGGAUCCUUUUGUCGGCUGGUUUCAAGAGGAACAGGAGGGUCCAGCAUUACGCACAUGGUGUAAAAUUUGGGAGACCAAUGCGCAUGAUAUGAGCCAAUUGUUAGAACAACAAUUACAACAACUGCAAAGCGUUGGCAACGGCAAAAUAAACGGAACUUUGUGUGCACGCGAUCGUGAUUUACAAUUGCUUCUACAGCAAGUUGGCAACGGGGGUCUCCGUAAUUCCAUUUACAACAAUAAUAAUAACAAUAACAACGGUAGUAGCGGCACAAAUAGUGGCAAUACAUCCAGCAAUAACUCCAUUGACUCGACGAGUAACAACGACUGUAUCACACCGGCCACCACACCAGGCGGUGGAGGCGGCGACAACAACAGCACGAAGAUGCCAUCACAUGAUCGUCCAAGCUAUUACAAUCCGUCUCGUAGGAAAAUUGGACGUAUAGUAGACAAUAAAGCGAGCACUUUUAACCUCAGUAAACAUAUGGGAAAAUUAGUUGUCAAGUACAAAGGUUGCCCUUGGCGUGUGCCGGGCUUUGAGUAUGGACGCGGAGUAAUCGGUUUACAUCAGGAAAUCGAACAGUUUUAUAAUUAUGUAUUGCCCACGCCCACCGAACAUGCAAUACGCAAUGAGGUAGUGCAGCGUAUAGAAGCAGUGGUACACUCAAUAUGGCCAAAAGCGAUUGUAGAGAUAUUCGGCUCUUUCCGCACGGGUUUGUUUCUACCCACAUCGGAUAUUGAUUUGGUCGUUUUAGGACUAUGGGAGAAGGCGCCUUUGCGCACACUCGAAACAGAACUGAUUGCCCGCGGUAUUGCUGAGCCACAUUCGGUGCGUGUGCUCGACAAAGCUUCGGUGCCCAUCAUCAAGCUCACAGAUCGCGAAACGCAAGUGAAGGUUGACAUUUCGUUUAAUAUGCAGUCUGGGGUACAGUCAGCGGAAUUAAUAAAAAAAUAUAAGCAGGAGUUUCCACUGAUGGCGAAGCUAGUACUUGUGCUGAAGCAAUUCCUGCUACAACGUGAUCUCAAUGAAGUUUUUACCGGUGGCAUUUCCUCCUACUCGUUGAUUUUAAUGUGUAUCAGUUUCCUACAAUUGCAUCCGCACCAAAUAGACCACGAGAAAGCCAACUUAGGUGUGCUGUUGUUGGAAUUUUUUGAACUUUACGGACGUAAGUUCAACUACAUAAAGAUCGGUAUUUCGAUCAAAAACGGAGGCCGGUACAUACCUAAAGAGGACUUGCAACGUGAAAUGAUCGAUGGUCAUCGUCCUUCAUUGCUGUGUAUUGAGGAUCCUCUUACACCUGGUAACGAUAUCGGGCGUAGUUCAUAUGGUGCAUUGCAGGUGAAACAAGCAUUUGAGUAUGCGUAUAUGCUAUUAGCGAAUGCUGUGAGUCCACUUAACGAAUUCGGUAGUAAUUGUGCCGAACGCACUAUCCUAGGGCGAAUAAUACGUGUAACCGACGAUGUAAUCGACUACCGUGAGUGGAUACGUGAGCAUUUCGAGCACCUUGUGGUCCCGCAUACGCCCAACAAUGGCAGUGCCCUUAAGUUCAUUCCGUCAAUGCUACCCCCUGGCGUCAUCACACCUCCCUUACAGCAUCAACACAUGCAUCCCCUACAACAACAGUUGUACCAUCAGCAGCAUGCCGUGAUGGCGCAACGGUUACGAAGAAGUAGCAUCUCAUCGGGCGAAGACUCUGAAGAUAGCAAAGAAUGUGAUGUAGACUCAACGUCAUCUCCACCGAUAUCUCAGCAGCACCUCCAACAACAACAACAGCAGCAACAACAGAGCAUACACCUGCAGCAGCUGACACAACAACACCCGCAACACUCCCAGCAGCAGCAGCCACAAUUGCCGCCUCAACACCAGUUGGCCCCACAGCAGCAGCAGCAGCAGCAACAACAACAACAACAACAAAUGCACACGCAAUGUCCGCCUCCGCAACAACAACAACAGCAGCAGCAGCUAACGCAUAAACAGCAAUCGCCGCCUCGGCAACAAAAACAACCUUCACCACCGCAGCAACAUAAACAAUUGUCCCCGCCACGCCAACAACAGUUGCAUUCUCAGCAGCAGCAGCAACAGCAACAACAACAACAAGCGCAGCAAAGAUUUUCCGGUGCGUCAAAUCGCCGUCAAUUCUAUGUGCCACCUCCAAUGCAACAGCAAUAUCAGCAGCAACAACAACAAAUAUCCAAAUCGUCUUCUACUGAGUCGUACUCGAAUGCGACAAGUACGAGUGUGACUUCCACCUAUGUUGGUAACACCAACAAUAAUAGCACGAAUAACAACAAUAAUCGAUCACGUUACACACAACGACCCUCACAACAACAAUUGCGUCAACAGCGUAUGCAACAACCAGCAAUGCGUCAGCAACGCUACAAUUCAAGAGCUGCAUCGCCGCCGCCAACAUUAUCCCGCUCGGCGACAAAUCCAUUGCAACGGACGACACUCACCUCUGCUUCGUCGACCAUUUCCAUAAUUUCCAUAUCGUCUGAGUCUUCAGUGGCAUCGAUAUCGUCAACGGAUAGUUCGGAGUCGGCAUCAGCGUCAGCAACAACAAAAUCAGGCCAACAACGCAACCGUGAAGGAAGUGAUAGAAGGAAGAAGCACCAAUCCGGUAGCAGUAGGUCCAGCACAAGUAAAUAAAUAGCAAAGUAUCGUCGUCCUUCAUUCUAUGGAAAAGUCCGGUAUAACACCCAACCGACUGCCUGGAGUGAGUGUAUCGCAACGCAUUUCAAAAGCACAACGAAGAGUUUGUCGCGCGCUCAGUUUAUUACAUACACAAUCACAUCAUUUAUUUUAGUACACCAUUAGGAAUCUAGGAAAUUAAAUAGUCCUACAACGACCAUAUUGUGGGACGAGUGGCCAAUACGUUAUAGUAGUAGUAAUAAUACAUACCUACAUAUUACUGCAGCGACGCAAUUGAGAGUAGGGGAACCCCCAGAUUUGUGCUUGCAUUAUUCUAUCUAUAAUUACUGGGCUGAUAUUAGUAGAAAUAGUUCAUAACCUGUGCCUAUUUUAACGUAAUUUAACAUGUAAGCAAAAAUGUUAAAUUAUACAACAGCAGCAACAACACUAACGUUUGUUGUGCAACACACACACCGAUGAUCACGUUACUGAUAUGAGGGAAAUGACAAUGGUAUGAUAUCGUAUGUUGUAGUAUUGCCACACUAUCAUAACCACAAUAAAUAUAUAGUACCGGAAAUUCGCAUGACGAUGGACGUUGCUACAAGAAUGCCGCAAAGUGUAUAGCAGCUAGAAGAAGGAUAUGUGAGAGAGGCAGCCUGCUUAAGCAAAGCAGAGAAGUUGAAGUUAACUACAAGGGUAGAGAGAGUGAGAAUGCGAGUGAGAGAAAGAGAGAGAGAGAGAAAGAGAGUAAGACGAAUGCAGUAAAGCAAUAUCCUUUAAAGUUAAACUUUUACCAGAUAAAAGAUAAGAUGAGAAUUACAAGAGAGUAAGUGAUUUAAGAUAAAAGAAGAAAUAGCUGAAAAAUAAGUGUAUCGAAAUGGAAACUUUAAGCUUGAUCAGAAAAGCUAAUGCACACAUGGAUUAUGAUAGCAAAUCAAAUAAGAAGCAGAAGAAGAAGGUAAAAAAUCAAAGUCUAUACCGUUAUUAGUAUUUAAACGCGUUGAAUGAAAGCUAUUAGUUGCUAUAUAGUUAGAAAACGAAUGUAAAUGUAAAGAAAGAUACAUGUAAAUCAGUCAUAUGCUUUCAUAAUAGGAUGUAAGUUAACUUUUUCUUCCCAAAAAUAAAAAUAUUUUAUGUAUGUGUUACGGUGUAGCAAUUCAGAUGAGGUAUAGAAGAGCAUCAGUUUCAUGUGAUAUUAAACGAACAAAAAAUGUAAAGUUUGCAACGCCAUUCUUACACAUACACAGACGCACGCAUGUAAAGGCAUACAAAACAACAACAGCAGCACCGUUUUGAAAUGCUUCAACACCAACUUCAACUUUUCUCGUUUUGCUAGAUGUGUUUAAAAAGGUAAUAUUGAUAAUACGCGAGUUGUAUAUUGUGUGACAAGCUAAUAAGAGAUUUUAAUUUAUGAACUGAAGACAUUACAUUUAUAAGAACAGGAGGUUGUACCGUGAAAGUGUAGCAAGCAUUUUUUUCUUUUUUUUUUUUUCUUUUUUGUUUUUUCUUUUCAAAAUCUGUGUUUCUUACUAAUCAGCCAAGCAAUAUAAAAAAUUGUUGUAUUCGUUACAUAUUUUAAAUUUAAUGCUUGCAUAGGGUUGAUAGCUGAAUUGAAGAUUUGUGUGGACGAAUUUUUAAAAUACCUAAGUCAUAUCUUAUGCACACGUUGUACGACUGAGGGAGAAAGAGAAAUGGUAGAAACUGAAAGGAUGUGAGGAGGAGAGCGUUGGAGUGCAUUUCAGGUGUUUUUUUUGCAAAUCACGUUUCAUCGUUACUUGGUGUUUGAGGGUAUGAAUAUUUCCAACUGAAAAAAAUAACAAAAAACAUAAAUUUUGUGAAGUUAAAAAAAGUAACGCAUAAUCGUAGACAUCCUAGAAGCAUAGAAAAUGGAAAAUAGUAAUAGUUAUUUUAUGGGAAAUUAUAAGCUACACUGAUUGCUGAAUUAAUUCGAUCAAUAAAAGAAAAAAAAAGUUCAAUGAGAGCCAAAAUUCUAAUAUGAAGAACCAAUUGAAAAAGAUAAAAUGAAACUACUUUUGAUCGCGCAGUUAAAAAUUAUUAUUAUUCGUAAAUCGCUGAAUUUUCAACAAAAAUAGUCAAUUUUUUCUUAUUAAUUGCGCCAAACAAUAGGAAAUUCCAGAUUAGUUAUGAACGAAUUGAUUUUUCUUCAUUACAUAUGAAAAAUUACACAUUUUCUGUGCAUAUUUAUAUUAAAUUGUUAAAAAAUAUUUUUAAGUCGAUUUUCUAAACAAAUUUGUAUUAAAUUUUUGGCAACAUUUUUAAAACCAAUUUUUUACAGCCGAUUUUCCAAACAAAUUUUUGCUAAAUAGUUGUUAAAAUUUUUAAAGUGAAGUAAAUUUUUUCAUGGAAAUUAAUUUUUGAACCCAAAAUGUUUGAAGUCAUACAAAUUCGCGUCGCAAAAAAAAUUAUAAAAUUUUUCAAAGUGACUGCUUUAACCAUGAUUUUGUUCUAUGUGUGCAGUUGCAAAAAAAAAAAAAAAGAAGUGGCAAAGAAACAAUUUUAAUUUAAACAUACAACCAUAAACUUUCAAGGAAUUUCUCAUUUUAUUUUUAUAUAGUAAAAUGUAAUUCUUUUUUUGUGAUGUUCAAAAAAAGCGAAACAAAUACCGUCAUGCCUCCAAUGCUCGCAGAAUUUUUGCUUUUUAUGGCCAACUAAACAAAAAAUUACUCAACGCAAUUUUUCAAAUCUCAAUCGUUUCGUAAGUCUGAGCGCAGUUUGAAUGUUCCGAAUAAUGUUAGUAGAUUUUUAAGGGUUUUCUUAUGCACAUACAUACAUACAUACUUAAUGUUUUAUGGAUAUUGGUGAAUAGUGUUAUUUUCCUCAGCACGUUUGUUUCCACCCCUCAGGAGCGUUGAGUUUCAGUAGCAGUUUGAGGGGAGUAGAUUGCGCGCAUGAGUACCGGAUCGGGUAGAUUUUUUUUUUUGUUUUUUUUUUUGUUUUUUUUGUGUGUGUAGGUUAAAGCAUGUACGCAUUUCAAAACAAGCAGCAUUAGCAAAACCACAGAUGCAAACACUACCUAAUUACAUUAUAACCGAUGUUAAUUUUUACAUACAUCUAUUGUUAAUUCAUAAGUUUCACACUAAAUAUUAUUAAUUAAAGAUUUUUACUUACUAUAAGGAAGCCAUUAGCUGAUUAAGUGCAAGAAUUGUUUGUAAUAUAUAUAUAUAUUUUUUUCUUUUUUUGAAACAUACAAUUUUAUUCUAAAUAUAAAUAUGUAUAUUUGUAUAUGUGUAUGUAUAAAUGACACUUACAGCGGCUGAUAUGCAGCUUAGCUUUCUUGGCGCGCAACGAUUUCUGCCCGCCCGUCUACGAUUAUAGACACAUUUAAAUUUCAAUUUCAGGGUUAUCUACCCGUACUCCUCAGAAAUUUCGCUUCAUCAUUUAUACAUACAUAUGUGUAUGUGCUAUAUAUACAUAUACGAUUAAAACUACUGUUAUAAUUAAAGAUUACUAUUACGUUUAUCACUUUUUAAUUAUAAAUGGAAUUAAGUUUUUAAGCUGCCAAAUACUAUUUUAGUGAAAGUGUCGUUCUGUGCUUAAAUAUAAAACAAUAGCAAAGCGAAGCAAAAAAAGAAACAAAAAAAAGUAAGCAGAAAAAAUAAUUAUGUGUAAAAUUUAUUUUGUUUUGGUCGCGCACUAUUAGUUGCGUGCAUAUUUUUUCGUGCUAUACUAUUUAACGAUAAUUUUUUUAUAAAGACUUAUCCAAAACUGUAGUUUUACGACAGUUAAGACUAUUUGUUAUUAGAUAAACAUUUAAGACUACGCUAAACUACUAGAAAUAUAGUAUACACAUACAUAGUAUACAAAAACAUAGUAUUAAAAAAAAAAAACAAAAACAAAGA